AUGAGCAGUUUCGCGACCCAGUUCCACCACGAGACCACCCCCCCACCAAAACCGAAACCCACCGGCUGCUCGUCACCUGUAUUGCUUUCCUUGCAGCUGUUUGGAACAAUAGUCUGGAUUUUGGUAGCUGCCACUCAAGUUCCACUGCCACUGCUGCAGGGAUGGGUGAUGUUUGUAGCAGUGACCGCGUGGUUCCUGUCCAUUGUGUUCCUCUGUGUGUUCCUCUUCAGUUACGCAAAUAGGAUUGCCAUCAACUGGAACCAGACAGAUUUCCUUUUCCAUGGGGCUACUUUUAUCUUUUAUUUUGGAGCCUUUCUACUGCAAGCAGCAACUACAUCUCUGCAUCAUUUACCUCGUAAAUUUAAUUCCACUACACAAGAGAAGCUUCUAUCUGAUCAUGAAUAUAACAUAAGCAUAGCAGCCUCGAUUUUUGCCUUUGCAACAGCUGUUUGUUAUGGUUGCAGCACGGCGCUGGCAUUAAGGAGAUGGAAGCUAUAGCAGUUGAAGAGAGGUUAAUGCUCGAGUGUUCCACUUCAGAUCAAACUAAAUGCCACUUGUCUUUUUGGAAUUACAUUACAGUAAAAUAUACCUUUUUUGCUUAAAAUCUGUUUUAAAGUGCUGAAAUGCAAAUAACCCCUUAUCAGGAUUUUCUUAACUGAAAACAAGUUUCCAUCUCUUCCUUUUCUAGUUUUUAUUUUUAUUAUAUACUAAUCAGAAGCAUUACUGUAUUCAUUGUACGGUGGUAUACAGUUCAGUGAUAAAUAGAUGUGUCAUCAGGAGAUAACUGAAUUCUGGUGCUAAACCAGAAGAGGAAGAAAAUGGAAAUGAAACAAACGUUACCUGUGUAGGCAGCUAAAAAGCUUCCCCUUGUUAAGUCCUGUGAUUGGGCCUUAGGUGUUUAGCGGGCUUGUAAUGAGUUCCACACAGCUAUAGCCUUGAGGCUCCCUAUAGAGUUGUGGGACUUUGGUAUGCUGCUUCUUGCAUGAUCAGAGCCCAAGCUGACUUUGUGAUAUCACCACAGUAUAUAUUAUUUUUAAAUUUGAGGUAAUGAGGAAAAUUUUAAAAUAUACGUCCGGUGCAAUCUUUUGAUAUUCUUUUACAACCACAUCCAGCUUUGGUGAUCUAGUCCUUCAGGCUUACUGUGUUCCUUAGUAGAUGGAGACUGUCUGGGACUGUCAGUCAGUAGUUCCUUAGUUUCAUGGGUUUAGCUUCAUCAAAUCUAUUUAUACUGCAAAACAGAACAGUGCAUUUGUGCUGUGUGUGUAUAUAUGUGGUAUAUUUUUGUUUAACAGGAAUAUUUGCACUGUUUUCCUUUGUUGGAGUAUGGUUUUGUUUUUGUUAUUUCAAGUGCUGCAUUUAUUACUUAUAUUAUGUGAGUCAAUAUCAUUUGAAUGGAAUAUUACCAAAUGGUGAAUAAUGUCUGACCUCAGUUCUUGCAGUGUGUUAUUUGUUGCAUCCUAAAUCUGCAGUGUUGUAAAGGUGUUUUUAUUUGGGCAUGUCCUUAUGCCUAUGCAACAUCUUGCUGAAAGCAAUGGAAUGGUCCACCCUCUGUGGAGUUGCUUUUGGCAGCGAUGAACUUUAAUCGGGCCUGCUUUGAAUAUUCCAGAUGUAUAAUGACAUACAAUAUUAUGAAUGCAAAAUUAACUUAACAAAACUAAAACAUGGUAUUACAUUCUAUUCCCUAAUAUGCAUCCCUUUUGGCAGAUAAUGAAAGUUUUUAAUAAAAAAGCUAGUAAAUAAUUCUAGCUUUUGUGAAAAGUGCCAAAUUGAUAAUCUUGGAGAAAAGAAAGACUCCCUGUCGUUUGUAGAACAACUUCCUCACCACAUCCUGCCAGAGCACUUGAAAAAUCUGCAGACACCAGUUGUGGUUGGGAAAGGAAAGACAGGACUUUCCUCAUUCCCUGGCCUACUCAUUCACAGUGAACCAACAAGGGUGUCUGCUAUGAAGGUUACUUUGUCCAAUUUGUCAUGUACAAGGAUCUUUGAGAGCCAGCCACCCUCGGUAGCGUCCUUCAGUCCUGGCUGACCCAGGACAGGUUCCUAUCGAUGGCACAACAGUGAGUGUCAGCCCCUCUGACUACUGGAACCACUCAGUCCUACUGAAUUAUUGCAGUGAGAUGUUUUCAUAUGCCUUGUUUUCUGGAAUUUUUUUUUAUCUUCCAGGGAUUUUGUACUCUGCCUGGAUUUUUUUCUAAUCAUGCAUUUGCAUUGAAAACUUGUGUUGUGAAUGUUUUAUCUAGAGCCAUAUACUUCAAAAAAUACUUCAUGUUGUAUAAAAUACAUCUACACUGGAGUAUAUGAAUGAACGUGUAUAAUGAGGACCUACGCUGAACAGCAUUAAAGUUACUUAAUAUUAUAUGUA